GGUUUGGCGUUGUUGUCAGCCUCCGGGAGUGAGAUUGGACAAAUAUUCUCCAAGAGGAGGAGGGCGACGCCAAGGACUUUCCUGCUUUUGGGGUUUCUCCUCAAGUUGGAACAGAGACCCUUGUUGGUUUAGCGUUUGCGUGUGCUGUGCCUCCUCUCAGUGCAGCGACUGCUGGCUCAGGGUGACUCUGACUUGUCCUUUCUCGUGAACUAGUAAUGGCUAGUGAAGACAAUCGUGCCCCUUCCCGGCCACCAACAGGUGAUGACGGGGGAGGUGGAGGGAAAGAAGAAACCCCUACAGAAGGGGGUGCUUUAUCUCUGAAGCCGGGGCUCCCCAUUAGGGGCAUCAGAAUGAAAUUCGCCGUGCUCACCGGGUUGGUUGAAGUUGGAGAAGUGUCCAACAGGGAUAUUGUAGAAACUGUCUUUAACCUGCUGGUAGGAGGACAGUUUGAUUUGGAGAUGAACUUCAUUAUCCAAGAAGGUGAGAGUAUCACGUGCAUGGUGGAGUUACUGGAAAAGUGUGACAUUACUUGCCAAGCAGAAGUCUGGAGCAUGUUUACAGCCAUUCUGAAGAAGAGCAUACGAAACCUUCAAGUCUGCACAGAAGUAGGCCUUGUGGAAAAAGUACUUGGGAAAAUUGAGAAAGUUGACAGUAUGAUUGCAGAUCUUCUCGUUGACAUGUUGGGAGUGCUGGCCAGCUAUAAUUUGACAGUUAGAGAACUGAAGCUUUUCUUCAGUAAACUUCAAGGAGACAAAGGACAAUGGCCUCCACAUGCUGGGAAACUGUUGUCAGUGUUAAAGCACAUGCCUCAGAAGUAUGGUCCUGACGCCUUCUUCAACUUUCCAGGAAAGAGCGCUGCAGCUAUUGCAUUACCUCCUAUAGCCAGAUGGCCUUACCAGAAUGGUUUUACAUUUCACACCUGGCUUAGAAUGGAUCCUGUAAAUAAUAUUAAUGUUGACAAGGAUAAACCAUAUUUAUAUUGUUUCAGAACCAGCAAAGGUCUUGGCUACUCUGCUCAUUUUGUUGGAGGCUGUUUGAUUAUAACCUCAAUAAAGUCAAAAGGAAAAGGCUUUCAACAUUGUGUGAAAUUUGAUUUCAAGCCACAAAAGUGGUACAUGGUAACUAUAGUACACAUUUACAACCGAUGGAAGAACAGUGAGCUUCGAUGUUAUGUGAAUGGUGAACUUGCUUCCUAUGGAGAGAUAACAUGGUUUGUCAACACCAGUGAUACCUUUGACAAAUGCUUCCUGGGUUCAUCAGAAACAGCAGAUGCAAACCGGGUGUUCUGUGGUCAGAUGACUGCGGUUUACCUUUUCAGUGAUGCUCUUAAUGCAGCUCAGAUUUUUGCCAUUUAUCAGUUGGGCCUGGGGUACAAGGGCACAUUUAAAUUUAAAGCAGAAAGUGACCUUUUUCUUGCUGAGCACCAUAAACUGUUACUGUAUGAUGGCAAACUCUCCAGUGCCAUUGCCUUCACCUACAACCCGCGGGCCACAGAUGCCCAGCUGUGCCUCGAGUCGUCUCCGAAGGACAAUCCGUCCAUCUUUGUUCACUCACCACAUGCACUCAUGCUCCAGGAUGUAAAGGCAGUUUUAACACAUUCCAUCCAGAGUGCCAUGCAUUCCAUUGGAGGAGUACAAGUUUUGUUUCCGCUUUUUGCCCAGCUGGAUUAUAGGCAAUAUUUAUCUGAUGAGGUUGAUUUGACUAUCUGUACAACCUUGCUGGCUUUUAUCAUGGAGCUGUUGAAGAACUCAGUUGCUAUGCAGGAGCAGAUGCUCGCUUGUAAGGGCUUUUUGGUAAUAGGUUAUAGUCUUGAAAAGUCGUCCAAAUCCCACGUCAGCAGAGCAGUACUUGAACUUUGCCUUGCAUUUUCAAAGUAUUUGAGCAAUCUGCAGAAUGGGAUGCCCCUCCUGAAACAACUGUGUGAUCACAUUCUUCUUAAUCCUGCUGUAUGGAUCCACACUCCAGCCAAGGUUCAGUUGAUGCUUUAUACUUACCUAUCCACUGAAUUCAUUGGUACAGUCAACAUAUAUAAUACUAUUCGGAGAGUUGGAACAGUGCUGCUCAUCAUGCACACACUGAAGUACUACUACUGGGCAGUGAAUCCUCAAGAUCGAAGUGGUAUCACCCCCAAAGGAUUAGAUGGACCAAGACCCAGUCAGAAAGAAAUACUUUCUCUGCGAGCAUUUUUACUGAUGUUCAUUAAGCAAUUAGUGAUGAAGGACUCUGGAGUAAAGGAAGAUGAGCUACAGGCCAUUCUUAAUUACCUGCUGACUAUGCAUGAGGACGACAAUCUAAUGGAUGUCUUACAAUUGCUUGUUGCAUUAAUGGCAGAGCAUCCUAACUCCAUGAUUCCUGCUUUUGACCAAAGGAAUGGAUUACGCGUUAUCUAUAAACUCCUAGCAUCGAAGAGUGAAGGAAUCCGAGUGCAGGCACUCAAGGCACUGGGCUACUUUUUAAAGCAUCUGGCUCCCAAGAGAAAAGCUGAAGUCAUGCUCGGGCAUGGAUUGUUCUCGCUGCUAGCUGAGAGACUCAUGCUUCAGACAAAUCAAAUCACAAUGACCAUGUAUAAUGUUCUGUUUGAGAUUCUUAUAGAACAGAUCUGUACUCAGGUGAUACACAAACAGCAUCCAGAUCCUGAUUCUACAGUAAAAAUACAAAACCCUCAGAUACUGAAAGUAAUUGCGACCCUACUUCGAAAUUCUCCCCAGUGCCCAGAGAGCAUGGAGGUUCGCCGAGCGUUUCUUUCUGACAUGAUUAAACUUUUUAAUAACAGUAGAGAAAACAGGAGGAGCUUGCUGCAGUGCUCUGUGUGGCAAGAGUGGAUGCUUUCUCUCUGCUACUUUAAUCCUAAGAAUUCAGAUGAGCAAAAGAUAACAGAAAUGGUAUAUGCCAUAUUCAGAAUUUUGCUUUACCAUGCAGUCAAAUAUGAGUGGGGUGGCUGGCGAGUGUGGGUAGACACCUUAUCCAUCACACAUUCGAAGGUUACUUUUGAAAUACACAAAGAAAACCUUGCCAAUAUAUUUAGGGAAGAGCAGGAAAAAGGUGAUGAAGAAAUAGGGCCGUGUUCUUCAAGUCUGGUUCCAGAAGGCACUGGUGUUCCCAGGGAUGUUGUUUCAGUGGGGCCCCAGCACUCAGAUCGGAAAGAGUUUUCCAUCUCUCCUCCUUUCACUAGAAAUAGUGAUGAGAACUCAAGUAUUGGGAAGGCAAGUUCAGUAGAUUCUGCAUCCAACAUUGAACUGCAGACACCUGAUAUAUCUAGUGAUGAAAAAAAAAUGGAGCAAGAUAAUCAAGAGUUACUGGAUCAGGCCACCAUGGAGGAAACGACUACAAAUGAGACGAAGGAUGCAUGUGACUUAAAAGCUUCUUCUGAUGCAGUAGGACCAAUGACUCUUACCUCUAAUUCUUUGGAACCAGGCAAAGAUAUAGUGACCAUCAGUGAAGUAAGUUCUCCCUCAGAACAAGAUGCUGCAGAGAUGCCAGAAUUACUGGAAAAAUCUGGAAUAGAGGAAGAAGAAGAUGAUGAUUAUGUGGAACUGAAGGUGGAAGGCAGCCCUACUGAGGAAGCUAGUCUGCCCACAGAGCUCCAAGGUGAGAGUUUGUCUGUAGCUGCCUCUGAAGGCAGAGAAGAGCCAGAUAUGUGUGGUAAUGGUUGUGAAGUUCAAGAGGAAGCACCUAUUACUAAAACUCACACUGAUUCUGAAACUGGAGAUUUUAAAGAUUCUAGAUUUCCAACUGUGGACACAGCAGGGUCUUCAGCUACCUCAUCAGAAGUACCUGUUCCCCAAACAACUGUACAGUCAGACAGUGAUGAGAUUCUGGACGAAGUGAUGAAAGCAACUAACCUUGCUGGAGACACUAAGUCAGUUAGUGAUUGUGCUGAUAAUGUCUCUGAGGCUCCUACCACUUCUGAGCAAAAGAUUGCCAAGCUGGAUGUUUCUAGUGUUGCUUCAGAUACUGAGAGGUUUGAAUUGAAGGCCAGUACGAGCACAGAAGUACCGCAGCCUCAACGACAUGGGCUUGAGAUAUCAAGGCAACAGGAACAGCCAGGACAAGAAACAGCAUCAGGAGCAGUAGACCAACAAAGGAGGGACUCCAGACCGACCAUGUUUCGCAUUCCCGAGUUCAAGUGGUCUCAGAUGCAUCAGCGUCUGCUCACUGAUCUCUUAUUUUCCAUAGAAACAGAUAUACAGAUGUGGAGAAGCCAUUCAACAAAGACAGUUAUGGACUUCGUGAAUAGCAGUGAUAAUGUCAUCUUUGUACACAACACAAUUCAUCUCAUCUCUCAAGUGAUGGACAAUAUGGUCAUGGCUUGUGGGGGUAUACUGCCAUUGCUUUCAGCUGCUACAUCGGCCACACAUGAGCUGGAGAGUAUCGAGCCUACUCAGGGCCUUUCAGUAGAAGCCUCCGUGACUUUUCUUCAGAGGCUGAUUAGCCUCGUGGAUGUGCUUAUAUUUGCAAGUUCUCUUGGUUUCACUGAAAUCGAAGCUGAAAAAAAUAUGUCAUCUGGAGGAAUUUUGCGACAGUGUCUUCGAUUGGUGUGUGCAGUGGCUGUAAGGAAUUGUUUAGAGUGUCAGCAGCACUCACAGCUGAAAGCCAGAGGAGAUACAGCAAAGAGCUUGAAAACAAUACACAGCCUGAUUCCCAUGGGGAGGUCUGCAGCAAAGAGCCCAGUGGACAUUGUGACUGGUGGUAUAUCUCCAGUAAGAGAUCUUGACAGGCUCCUGCAAGACAUGGACAUUAAUCGGCUUCGAGCAGUUGUUUUCAGAGACAUCGAGGAUAGCAAGCAAGCUCAAUUCUUAGCUUUGGCUGUUGUGUACUUUAUCUCUGUUCUUAUGGUCUCAAAGUACAGAGACAUUUUGGAACCCCAAGAUGAAAGACACAGUCAGUCUCUUAAGGAAACUGGUAGUGAUAAUGGGAAUGUAUCACUUCCUGAUGCAGAAAACACACUAGCAGAAUUUAGCUCUUUAACUCUGUCAUCUGUGGAAGAAUCAUUGGAAGGCACCUCAUCUACUCGAAGGAGGGACUCUGGCCUUGGUGAGGAAACAGCUUCUGGCUUAGGAAGCAGUAUGUCUGUAGCUUCUCCAGCAGCACCUCUGGGUGUCAGCGCGGGUCCAGAUGCCAUCAGUGAGGUGCUGUGCACUCUUUCUUUGGAAGUCAAUAAAUCUCAGGAAACAAAAAUUGAUGGAGGAAACGAGUUGGACAGGAAGGGGACACCAUCAGUCUCAGUUUCAAAAAAUGUCAACGUGAAGGACAUUCUCCGGAGCUUGGUUAAUAUGCCAGCAGAUGGAGUCACAGUGGAUCCAGCCCUUCUGCCCCCAGCCUGCCUCGGUGCUCUUGGAGAUCUGUCUGUUGACCCACCCGUGCAGUUCAGAUCCUUUGACAGAAGUGUCGUCAUUGCAACAAAGAAAUCAUCAGUCUUAGCUCCCACCCUUACUACAAGUGCACCUAGUAAUGCUGUCAGUGUGGUUUCUUCAGUAGACUCCACCCAAGUCUCAGAUGCAGGAGGAGAGUCACCAGGAAGUAGAUCACCUAAUGCAAAAUUGCCAUCAGUUCCAGCAGUUGACUCUGUCCCACAAGACCCAGUUGCACACAUGAGUAUUACAGAAAGACUAGAGCAUGCACUGGAGAAGGCAGCUCCUCUGCUACGAGAGAUUUUUGUGGAUUUUGCACCUUUCCUUUCUCGGACUCUUUUAGGUAGUCAUGGACAAGAACUGCUUAUAGAAGGAACAAGUCUGGUCUGCAUGAAGUCCAGCAGUUCAGUUGUGGAGCUGGUCAUGCUGCUGUGUUCCCAGGAGUGGCAGAAUUCUAUUCAGAAGAAUGCAGGCCUUGCUUUUAUUGAACUUGUCAAUGAAGGAAGGUUACUUAGCCAAACAAUGAAGGAUCAUUUAGUAAGAGUAGCAAAUGAGGCCGAAUUUAUCCUGAGCAGGCAGAGAGCAGAGGAUAUUCACAGACAUGCAGAAUUUGAGUCAUUGUGUGCUCAAUACUCAGCAGACAAGAGAGAAGAGGAGAAGAUGUGUGAUCAUUUGAUAAGAGCAGCCAAAUACCGAGACCAUGUGACAGCAACUCAGUUAAUCCAGAAAAUCAUCAACCUCCUCACAGACAAGCAUGGAGCCUGGGGAAGCUCCGCAGUGAGUCGUCCUCGUGAGUUCUGGCGCCUUGACUACUGGGAAGAUGACUUGAGGCGCCGGCGACGAUUUGUGCGUAACCCUCUAGGAUCGACACAUCCUGAAGCGACACUAAAAACAGCCGUGGAACAUGCUGCAGAUGAAGACAUCCUUGCUAAAGGAAAACAGUCCAUCAAGAGUCAGGCUUUAGGAAAUCAGAACUCUGAAAACGAGACCCUCCUGGAAGGCGACGACGAUACUCUGUCAUCCGUGGAUGAGAAAGAUUUAGAGAAUCUUGCCGGUCCUGUUAGCCUGAGCACUCCAGCCCAGCUUGUGGCCCCCUCUGUUGUGGUAAAAGGCACUCUCUCUGUCACCUCCUCUGAACUCUUUUUUGAGGUGGAUGAAGAGGAUCCCAACUUCAAGAAAAUUGACCCAAAGAUCUUGGCAUAUACAGAAGGUCUGCAUGGAAAAUGGCUGUUCACAGAGAUAAGAUCAAUCUUUUCUCGUCGUUAUCUUUUGCAAAAUACAGCCCUGGAGAUCUUUAUGGCAAACAGAGUUGCUGUGAUGUUCAACUUCCCAGACCCUGCCACAGUAAAGAAAGUGGUGAACUGUCUACCUCGAGUUGGCGUGGGAACCAGCUUUGGAUUACCUCAAACCAGGCGUAUUUCAUUAGCCACUCCACGUCAACUAUUUAAAGCUUCAAAUAUGACUCAGCGCUGGCAGCACAGAGAAAUUUCAAACUUCGAGUACCUUAUGUUUCUCAACACAAUAGCAGGGCGGAGUUAUAAUGACCUGAAUCAGUAUCCUGUGUUUCCCUGGGUCAUCACUAAUUAUGAGUCAGAAGAAUUAGACCUUACCUUGCCAAGCAAUUUCAGAGAUUUGUCCAAGAAAUGGUUUCCUGGGAAAAGUUCUCUCACCCAUCCAGUUUUCUUCACAGUGUCAGAACAAUAUGUUCUGUGUUUGUCCAUCCUAGGCACGGUGAACAUCAGGAAUGUUGGAGA